AUGACAUACAACCUUUCCGGACGAAACGUCCUCGUUACCGGCGGCUCCCGCGGUAUCGGAGAAGCAAUAAGCGAACGGUUCGCCCAACAAGGUGCAAACAUCAUCAUAAACUACGUUUCGAACGCAUCUCGCGCCGAAGAACUUAAAUCCCGCUUAUUGGAGACAUACCCGGGGAUCAAAGUCAUUGCUAUUCAAGCCGAUGUGGGGAAAAAGGAAGAAUGUGAAAGACUUGUGAGGGAGGGGAUUGAGGGGUUGGGGGGGUUGGAUGUUAUUGCUUCUAAUGCUGGAUGGACUAAAUUUGUUCAAUUCUCGGAUUUGGAUGGGCUGUCUGAGGAAGAUUGGGAUAAGUGCUACGCAGUAAACUGCAAAGCCAACGUCUGGCUCCUCAAAGCCGCAAAACCCACUUUCGACUCAAACCCCGACGGCGGCAGCCUCAUAAUCUGCGCUUCAACCGCCGCCCUAGCACCGUCCGGCAGUUCAAUGGCCUACGCUGUCUCCAAAAGCGCAGCUUUACAUUUAAUGCACUGUCUUGCCGUUUCAGCUGGUCCGAAGGUUCGGGUUAAUGCCGUCUGUCCUGGAUUGGUGUUGACGGAGUGGGGGGAUAAGUUCCCGCAGGAGGCUAAGGAUAAGUAUUUGGGGAUGACGCAGACGAAGAAACAUGUUGAAGCUGUUGAUGUGGCCGAUGCGUUCGUUUUUAUAUCUCAGAAUGUGGCGAUGACAGGGCAGAAGAUUGUUAUUGAUGGCGGUGUGGUUAUCCAACCGUAG